AUGGACGAGUCCGCUUCGCAAGUGCUUGCGGAGUCGGCCCCGCCCGAAGAAAUGCAGACCUUGCUUAAUCAGCUGAUUGCAAAAAACCGAGCACUGCAACACAAACUGGACUCCCGAGGCUCCAGUCCUGCAGGAACAGCAACACCCAAGCCUGCAAACCCGUCCCCCGCCGAAGCUGCCGACAAAGCCCCCCCAACCGUCGAUGAAGAUGAAGAUGAAGAUGCUGAGGAUGAUGAUGCUGAUCAGAGGGACGGGUCGGGUAAUGAAGAAGAUGAAGAUGAGGAGGAGGAUGAGGAGGCGGAGCCAUCCUCGGUGAUAACCCCGCCGCCCAAGACCAAUCGCGCAGAGACGCCCACCCCACCUGCCCCGGAGGCCCCGCCAAAUCCGUUUGCGCACGCGAACUCAACUACCCACAGGGCCGAGUGGAUGGCUUUCGGGAGAAGAAUGGAUGGUGGAGAUGCAUCCACAAAGUUUCCCGAGCUCAUGGGGCUUUGGUCUGCUAGCAGAGAUGACAAGCUAAAGGCCUUUCGGGAAUGGCUGUCCAAGGACAAGAACUACGAGCAGGCGGAGUCCCACAUGACGUUUCUACGAGAGAAGGAGUUCAAGGGGAACCGCGAGUGGGAAUGCUUGACCAUCCUCGAGAUGGUCCAGCGAAACUUCAGCACGCACGGUCCCGAGCGAUUUUUGCAUGAUAGAACAUAUGGGUUCCUAUUUCGUGCUGAUGCUUGUGCAAUUUCAACAUAA